UGGCAGCAGAGUCUACCAUUAGACAAUACUUAUGCUGCCAAUAUCUUCCCAGGUGGUAGUACCUCCAUGUUUGGUAGCUGCCUACUACCCAUGGUUCUGGGUUCCCAAUAAAUUUAUUUAUGAACAUGAUCUAGGAAUGUAACUUGGAAUACUGUACUGUACUGUAUGUCUUUCCAUAGUGUUUGCUGUUUUUAUUAUUAUCAUCUUGUAUUCCACCUGCAUCCCCGCAGAAGAUGAAGUAUUUUCAUCAUCCAAGAGGUUGUCCACUUGUAACACAGGAAGCAACAUCAAUAAUCAAAGCCCUCUUGAAACACCCCCAAGGAGGGGCAGAGCUGCAUCUCGGCUCGCUCACGAGAAAAUGAAAAGGGUACCUAUGACAACAAAAAAGACAAGAGGAACAUGUCAGGUUAUUUUCAAGGGAGACUCCUUUGAAAGCAGCUCCAGUUAUAAAGAAGUAGUAAAAGGAGCAGACUCUGGUCAUGGGGAAAAUUGUGAGUCUCAUUUUGAAGAGAUGGAAUAUGAAUCAACUGUUGAUCCUUGUGAAUCAGCUGUUAAUCCUUUAGCACUAGACACACCAAGUAAGAAGAAUGAUGGUGUAAAAUGUCUAAGUGUUAAAGUCAGUCUUGAAAGAUUAUCUCAUUUACACACAUCUCAAGAAGUAGAUAGUUCAAAAGAUACAACACAAGUUACUGUUACAAAUGCAUAUCAGGAGGAAGGUGUAGGUUGUAUUAGUGAAACAACUUGUUCAUACUCUAACCUCAGGUUAGAAGACAGCGACGAUAACAAAAGCACCAGAAUAAAGGAACUGGAUGUUCAGAGAUCAGGGAAUGAGAUGUGUAAAGGCAAAGAAAAAGAAGAGCCUUUAUCUCCCAAUAAUUGUACUGAAAAUGCAUGUACAAAAUGUGAGAAUUAUGACGAGUGUAAUUCUCAAUCCAGAACCCCUGAAGAAGUUAGGAUUUUGCCAGAGCAAACAGAAAAACUUGUUACAACCAAUACCAAGUGGUCGAACCACUCGAACAAAACAAAAGGAAUUGCAGUUAUCAACACGAGGAGAUAUAACAGAUAAUAUGGUAAGCACAGCAGAUCAGCCUCAUCCCAUUCCCAAACCAAGAUUAACUCGUACAAAGCAAAAGGAGGUCUUACCAUUGCUCGAUACAAUUGAUGAAUCAGAAGGUCAGUUGUUACCACCCAUGGACUUUCCAAAACCAAGAAUGACUCGCACAAAGACUAAGGCAAAAGAACAGACUAACAAAUUUGAAAAUGUGGAAUAUGAUUCACAGUCUUCAGUAGAGGAGGGGUAUAAUACCCAUGAGAAAGCUGUUGCACAGCCAUCUGAGGAAAUCCCAAUGUCUCGUUCUACUCGUACAAAGAAAAAGGUGAUAGAGGUAAUUUCCUUAACUGACACUCCAGUCAAGAAUGACAUUAAUAAAUCAGUAGACAAUGAAUCACAAAAACCAAGGACAACAAGAACAAAGAAACGAAUGUUUGACGAGUUAGGUGUAGAUCAGCCUACUAGAUCUACAAGGACAAAGUGUAAGAAAAUGGAAGAACAACCUGAAAAAGAAUCUGUGGCUUCAGAAAAACUUGGUCUAUGUUUAUUUCUUACUGAACCUGAAGAUGAGAAAGACGGCAAAUCAUCUCAGGUUGUACAGAAAUCACCACUUGUUAGGUCUGUUCCAUCAGUAACAUCUAUGAAGCCAUCACAAUCAGCGACCUCCUAUACCUCUGAGAAUACUGUAAUGGCUGCUACAUCUACUCAGAACACAGAAAUUGGGCCGGUUCGCCGGAUAAUCGAUCUAAGGUGCGCCAGUUGCCAGCUUUAUUAUUAAGCCCUUGUCCAUCGUCGUCAACUGUCCAAGUUGUAACUCCAGGUAGUCCAGUACACACUAGUUUUAAGCGUGCUUGCUGUACACCAAAUUCAGACAAGGACUCUCCAAUGUCUUCUACUGUACGCCAGAAGGGGACACGCGCGAUGACCCCUGUAAAACAUUCUCCACGAACAUUUGCUGGCUCAAAAACAGGCUGUACUGUACGAGAAUUGGCAACUGCAUAUCAGAAUCACAUUGGAGAAACCCUUAAUGAGGUUGAAGAGCUAACUUCUGAGGAGUGUGAGGUAACACACUCCCCAGCUCAUGUAACACGACAUGCACGAGUUAGACAUGCAAAGACUCCAGACUCCCAGAGAGUUCGGAUAAAGCCCCCUGCCAGAACCCCACCUGCAACUUGUACUUCAGAUAAGGUUAUUCGACCAAAGAAGAUUUUACUCAGCAGCAGCAGCAGUACCCAUGGUAGCUCUCGUGAUACACCAAAAACUUUCUCAAGAAGUCGGCUGAUGCUUACCUCGUCAUCCUCGAAAUUUGGUGACCCAAAUGAAGCUAAAUACCCAACGAACAUAGUUACUGGAAUAACAUCAUUCAUCAAAAUACAACCAGCAAAGCCAUCACGUGAGGAGAAGCGACAAACAGGACUGCAAAAGAAGAGGGAUCGAGAGGAUGAGACGAUAAAAAAGAAAGAAGAAUUAUUAAAAUUGAAAGCAGAGGGGCAGAAAAGACGCAACGAGGAAAGGAUGAAGCGGGUACAGGAAGCUCGUGAAGAAAGAGAGCGUAAGGCUAUAGAAGCAAAGAAACAACAAGACAGAGAUAGAAAGAACAGAGAGGAGCGACUAAGAGAACAGCAGCAGCAGCACAGAAAGCAGCAACUUCUUGCUAAGAGACGUGCAGAAGAGGCUAGAGUUAAGAAGAUUAAAGAACAGGAAGAAGAACGAAGGAAACAGGAAGAGGAGUCAAGGAAAUUAAAGGAAGAAGAAAAGCAAAAUGAGGAGGAAAAACUAUUAUAUCUGGCAGAGCAACGCCGUCGUCAAGAGGAAGAAAGGAAACGAAAAAUUGCUGAGGUAGAACGCAUCGCCCGUGAGAAAAAGGAGUUAGAAUACCUUAAAUUGCUUGAAGCACAGCGCAUUGCUGAGUUACAACAAGCUAAAUUGACAAGCUCAGCAGUUAAAAAGAUUGCACUAGCUGAUAACAAGGAAACUGGACUAAAUCAUACAUUCACUUUAAGUGAUAACAAGGAAAAUGGUCUUAAUACCACAUUUUCCAAAACUACUGGACCGUCUCAGUCAAGUUCUACUGGGAAAAACAAAGAUAGUUAUGACAUUACACCAAACUCCAAGAAAUAUAAGAAAAAUAUUAAUAAUUAUGAUAUAAAUGAUAUUGAGAGUGAUGACUCAACUGAUGAGGACAGUGCUCCUAAGAGGAAAAUUCCUCCCUGGGCUAUGAGAUCUCAGCUCACAGCUGCUAUGAUCAACCAAGUAUACUCCGGACCUGUGGUUGAGGAGAUCUUCCCUCCGACUAUUCUUCUCACCACACCUGAUCUCACCCAAAUCUUUCCUAAGCGGAAAAAAUUUAACAAACGCACCUCUAGUGCGAUAUGGACUACACCACUUUCUAAAUAUUUUGAAUAAUGUUAGCUAUAUACAGUACUGUGUAUAUAUUUUAUCAUGCUUCAUGGUAUAAACUAAUGAUUUUCA